CGAUCUCCUUGCCGGCAACCACAUCGGUCGACUGUCGGCCGGCAUGUCGGUCCCGUUCACCGGUAAACACCCCUUUCUCUCUUGUGUACUGCAACACUCGCACACCCUCGCUCCCCUAGUGACUUCCUACAACUCCGACAACGGAAACAGCCGGCCACCACCAUCUGGUGGUGGCGUACGGCGGCGAAAACACAUAUUAGAUGGCGAGAGAGGAGAGAGACGAAGGAGAGAGAGAGAGACGAGACAUAGAUGGCGAGAGACAGCAGCGCCGCCGUUUGCGGCGGGGCGACAUAGGUGGAGCGGCGGCGGUGGAACCGUUCCUUCAACGUUUUUCCCGACAAACACGGCCGUUGGUCAAAGAAGACAGUAUUGGUAGUGGCUUGGUUCAGACUCAGUGGUGGCAACAACCCAAACCAACCUGGCAAU